CCGGAACAUAACUGCCCUGCCACUUCUGCUUAUUACUACUAGCCUCCUACCGCCAUUUUGCGACGAAGUUGCUUGUUGAUAUAUCACUACUGCCAGCUACGACCUCGAGCUCCGAAUGAUUAUGUUUUUGCGGUGACCCGGUUCCAUCCCCACGUCUUACCCGGCAAAGGCGUUUGCACACGUCAACAAUGGAUACUUCGCCAGAAGCAACAGCUCCUGCAGCGCCAACCACUUCCACUGCCGAGCCCAAUGAGAAUAGGAGCCCUCGUCGCAGUAGCCGCGUGAAGAAGAACCCGUCUAUAACUCCCAAACGUUUCACCAAAUUCUUUACUCCCAGACCUCGAAAUUCCCCUCGUGCCGUUCGAACCUCCAGAAAAGCUUUGCAGGACUUGUCUGCUGCCAGACUCAACAGCCGGUCGAGUGCGAGCAUUCCAUUGACCCUCUCGAGAGAUGAUCAGACUCAUCGGACCAGCAAGAAGCGGAAGCUCUCGUUUGCAUCCAUCACAUCGCUUCCUUCUUCUCCGAUCAAGAAGGAUCAUGUCUUUUCGAGCAGCCAAGAGAGCGCCCACCAUGAACAGCGUAUACAACCAACGGGUGGUGCCCUAAAUAGAUCGACCUGGGUUGACACUGAUGAAGACGAAACAGAGAUAGAAGAGGAAGAUGAGCUGCCAGGGGUCAAAGCAUUCCCCCCUCGACUGACACCAUACCGGGCUAUCAGCACGUCGGCCGGACUGCUCUCCAGACGAGUAGAGGGCAGAAAGACAUUGAUAGAGGCCAACGACAGUAAUCUUUGGCAACAUGAAACCGCAAACUUCUACAGCCUACCCGACGAUGUGUGCCACUACAACCGGUUCGGACGACGGCUCUCUGCACUGCCAUUCUGCGCCGCUGGCUUCAAGACCGUGCCACUGGUGGCAAUCGGGGAUGAGGAUGGCACUGUGCGGAUCCACGACGCAGAAGGGCUGAAUGUGCCGUACAAGGACAUCUUCAUGACCAUGUACCCUCAUGACAAUGCCAUUAUGGACAUGGAACUUCCUCCCGAUGACAGCUUGCUUGCAACCGCAUCGGGGGACCAAACCUGUCGGAUCAUUGACAUGAAACAACAACAGUCGACAUACACUCUAAGAGGGCACACUGGCUCCCUAAAACGUGUCCAGUUCCAGCCCGGGUCAGGCAACAAUGUUCUAGCAACAUGUUCUCGAGACGGCAGCGUGUGCUUGUGGGAUUUACGGUGUGCCUCGCGCAGAGGUGCGUGGGUGCAGCAGAACCUUAGUCGGGAACCAGAAUCAUUCAUCUGUCAGAGUGCCGAUGUCAACAGCGUGAAUCAAAUUCGAGAUGCACAUACUGCUCUUGAUCUCCUUGGGAGGUUGAAACCAACGAAGCGCAAGCAGACGCCCGUUUCUGCCCGGUCCGACUUUGCAGUCACCUCAUGUGCUUUCAUCAGCCCUAGUCGGUCUCACUUGCUGGCUACGGCGUCAGAGAAUGAUGCUAUCAUCAAGUUGUGGGACAUGCGGACAUCGUACAAGUCAAGAAGUGGACGACCUACCCCUGUAUCUGCCACUUCGGAACCCAAGAGCCAUGAAAAUCACCGACAGUUUGGUGUGACUUCGAUUGCCAUGAGUACCGACGGCUCCAGGCUGUACUCGCUGUGCCGCGACCACACCGUGUAUGCAUAUUCCACGGCUCACCUGGUUCUGGGUGGGGCACCCGAAAUGUCGCCUUCCUCGGCUCAUCCAUUUCGACAAUCCCGCAAUGCAGGUCAUGGACUAGGGCCAUUAUAUGGAUUCCGACACCCGUCCUUACGGCUGGCGUCCUUCUACGACAAGCUGGCCGUUCGGCACCGGACUCAGGACAACACCGAGAUAGUGGCCACAGGAACGCGGGAGGAAUGCGCCAUACUGUUCCCCACAGACGAGCGAUACCUCAAUAAAAAGUCAAAGCGGUGGCCGCCGCCCGGGUUGAGCAGCCAAUCCGCCAACCGUUCACGUGGCCCGGCAGCUCCUCCUCGUCUUACACGCACUGCAUCCUCGGCAGCAGUCAUUGCGCGACAACAGCAACAACAGCCUUCGCCAACCACUGCCACCGAAGAUAGCGAUGGCAACUGUCCCAUAUAUUACCACGGUACUGCACUCGUGAACGGACAUUCGAAGGAAGUUACGGCCGUAGCAUGGACGGUCAAUGGCAAUCUCAUCACCACAGCUGACGAUUAUACAUCCAGAUGCUGGCGGGAGAAUGCCCAAGAAGCGAGGGCCCUGCGACUCAAUGCGGAUCGUGAUCUAUCGAGGUACCAGAGUGGCUGGGCGGACGCGAGAAAGGGAUAUGAUAACGACGACGACGAUGAGGCUGAAUAGAACAGAUCAAUCCUCGCCAACCAUGGCAAGCGUGUUCUGUUGGAAUCGGAGACUUUGACUUAUCCCAUCAUUAUCGUUACCGAUGCCCGACAUCACCAUCAUUAUCAACCAGUGGCAACACUGGAGUUCGACUAAUGAUGGUAUUUUCGGAAUUGGAUGGAUGGCACGACAUCUCCGCUGUACAUCAUCUACUAGGGCAGAGGCAGAAACGCCAACACCAGCGGCUGAUGCUUGUCCCUGUGCUGUGCUAGGAUCCAUUUUCAGAUUGGAGGACGUGUGAGUGUUGGAUACCAGAGUGUGCAUGUGUAUGUCUCUACGAGUACGAAAAGCAAGCGAUGUCCUCUUUGUAGAUUAAUCUUGCCUUUGCACCUUUUCCCAGGUCAAUACACCUGGUAUUAGAUCGGUCCUCCAGGCCUGACUAGACGGCUAGGUAGAUAGGUACUCGUGCUUGCGGCUGUGUAACUGCUUGUGCAGUUGUCUAACUGCAGAAAUACAAAUUUCUGUUAAAGUCAAGCCCGAAAACAAGGGAGCUACAAAUAGAAAAGCUACCUUGAACAGCAACUUGAAUCUCAAGCAUGUAAUACCCCG